UUACUGCUCCUUCUUUCUCUUGCUCGUCUCAGACAGAGACACACUUGCAAACUUCUUUGCUCCAUUUCGAACACUCUUUAUCAAUGCUGCUACCAGCUUCAGCUUCAAUGCUACUUCCAUUUCAGCUUCAACGGUAACUAUUCCAAGAUACAAAUGGCUUGCUGCUAUAGGUAUCACUGUUUUCUUCUGCACCUUCAUUCCCAUUGCAGAACCAUUCCGCUCCCACCCCGGGCUAAUUUCUCAACCGUCGCAACUUCCCUUCGCAAUCUUCAACCGCCAAGACCGCUUCGACAACCACGCGCCCUCGUCUACAAGGGUUAUUGUAGUGCGUCCAGCAACGCGAGUUUGAUUCCAGAAUCUUUGCAGCUCAGCAAUGCGGAUAUUGCAGUGAACUCUGCCGCUUCCAAUGGCAGAGUCAUGCUCAUUGAUGGCACCUCAAUAAUUCAUAGGGCCUAUUACAAGCUUUUAGCGAAAUUGCACCAUGGUCAUCUAACACAUGCCGAUGGAAAUGGAGAUUGGGUUUUAACGAUAUUUACGGCUCUCUCACUUAUUAUUGAUGUUCUGGAGUUUAUCCCUUCCCAUGUUGUGGUGGUGUUUGACCAUGAUGGAAUUCCUUUUGGUCAUUCUACUAAUUCAUCAAAACACUGUUUUAACGCAAAAGGUCAGAAUUUCCGACACAAUCUAUACCCUUCCUACAAGAGCAAUCGCCCUCCAACUCCUGAUACCAUUGUUCAGGGACUUCAGUACCUAAAAGCCUCCAUCAAGGCAAUGUCCAUCAAAGUCAUUGAGGUUCCAGGUGUUGAGGCAGAUGAUGUGAUUGGAACAUUGGCCUUAAGGAAUGUUAAUGCUGGGUAUAAGGUACGAGUUGUCUCCCCAGACAAAGACUUUUUUCAGAUUCUGUCUCCUUCAUUACGCCUCCUUAGAAUUGCUCCACGAGGAGAUCAGAUGGUUUCAUUUGGAGUUGAGGACUUUGAAAAACGAUAUGGAGGUCUUAAACCAUCACAGUUUGCAGAUAUGGUUGCACUUUCCGGUGACAGAUCUGAUAACAUUCCAGGAGUCAGCGGGAUUGGAGAUGUUUAUGCUGUGCAAUUGAUCAGUAAAUUUGGCACAUUGGAGAGGUUAUUGGAAUGUGUUGAUCAAAUAGAAGAGGAUCGCAUUAGAAAGACGUUGAUUGAAAAUGCUGAGCAGGCACGCUUAAGCAAGGAACUGGCAUUGUUGCGUUCUGAUCUUCCAUUCUACAUGGUGCCAUUUGCUACAAAAGAUAUCUUAUUCAAGAAACCAGAGGACAAUGGUAGUAAAUUCAACAGCCUUUUAACUGCUAUCAGUGCAUAUGCUGAAGGGUUUUCAGCUGAUCCUAUUAUCAGGAGAGCAUUUCAUCUGUGGAGAAAGUUGGAAUCAAGAUAAAUUUACCAAGUCAUCAGGUUCUUUUUUAUUUGUACCUAUUUUUGUAUAGAGCGCAUUUGUUGAUUACAACAUGCCAAUCCUGGAACACCAUUAGUAUUCUCGAGUGUAUAGUAACUAGUAAGCGCACUCCAGUGAUUGUUCUGCAACAUAUUCAACAUUAGGUUUAUCUAAAAAAUUUAAUUCAUUCUUCGUAAUUCAUCUCA